AUGGCUUCCUCAUCGUCCAACCAAGAGACAGACUCCAAGAUCUCUCGAAUCCAGAGGAUCUCAAAAAACGAGACUUACAAAGAGCGUCUUCUCAGAAGAAUAGCAUCAGGAGGUUCCAGCUCUGCUCAAGCCACCAAGCUCUUUUCUGUAUGUGGACCCUCUCUAUCAACAACAAGAUCGUCAAACCCCAGCGCCCCUGUCGUGACCCAAGAGUCGAGAAAGAUCUCGCUACCGAACGUCCAGUCAAAGAAUCUCAAUCACAAUACCAACAACAAAGGCCCUGUUACAACCGACACCCCCAAGACGGAACUCAAGUUUUCGAAAAUUGUGUCUAUGGCGUUCCUCAUCGGACCCAAUCUUGAAUCAAAAUCUGGCACACCCUCGUCAACCAAAAACGCUCCUAUUUUAGUCGUGAAGAAGACCAAAGACAAGCAAAGAGAGAACGAUGCUGUCACUAUCUCUGAGCCUACAAAGAAAGAUCGUGAGAGCACCGAGAAUGCUCCUGCCCAAAUCUCAAGCGUCACCACGAAGAAUAGAAAGAGGAAAUUACCUGUCAUACCGGAAUCUCCAAACAAGGUUCGCAGGAUCGCAGCUGCACCUGAAUCUGACAAAGGCCCCAUCAACCACAAACUCAGGCUUCGCAUCUUGCCUCGUACAAACAAACUUGUUUCCAGCAAUGACUCUACGAUGCAAUCAGAUCUAAAAGCCCCUAUCAAGAAUCCAGGCUCCAAUGGCCUGAUGGAAACUGCCAUGCAGAGCUCAAUCAUCGACGAGAAGAAAAGAAAGAACGAUGCUAAAACCACCUCAGCGACUGCAAAAAGAAGAUAG